CAUAUAUUGAAUAAUUAAUUUACAAUCUUGUGAAAUUUUAUUUAUUUCCAUCGCCAGGCAGCUAUUUAUUUUUUUCUGUAUAAUAAAUAAUAAUAAUAAUAAUAAUAAUUAUACGUGUACACUAAAAUCUAGCUCUACUAGAUCUAUUUAUUAAUUGUGCUCAGACAAGACUAUCGAAUCAGAUUAAACUUCCUGUUCGAUUCAUUGGAUGAUUCAAAUAGAAUUAUAGAUCUAACUAAAGAUGACACUUUCUGAACAAAAUUGUCAUUUUGAACAGAGGAUAGUAUCAGCUGCUGGAAGUGGAGAUAUUUCUACAGUAAGAAAAUUAUUAAGAAAGAAGAUUAAUGUAACUGCUACUGAUGUGUAUGGUAGAACUGCCCUGAGCUUUGCAAGCAAGGGUGGACAUGCAGAGGUUGUUAAGCUGCUUUUGGAAUCAAAUGCUGAUUGUGUUAAUCAGAAAAUAGGAUAUUCGGCUACACCCCUUCAUCUUGCAGCAAGAAAUCACCACACAGAUGUUGUAAAACACCUAGUUCUGGCUGGAGCCUCAUUAGAUGAAAGAAACUGCAACAAAUUAGCACCAUUGGAUCUGUGUCGUUAUGAUUCAGAUACUAGAGUUGUCUUAAGGAAUGUCAAACAAGGACAUCUGCCUUUGAAUGAACAAGUUUCUGAAGUUCCAGAAAUUCCUAAACAUGCAUUGCCAGAAAGACCAAAAUCUACAAGCGAAAAAACUAAGACUAAAGGGAAAACAGGCAAAGGAAAAAAGAAAACAGGUGGAAAAAAGAAAGGAACGAAGAAAAAAGGGAAAAAGAAAUAAUUUGUUUUCAUUAUUUUUGGUUUGAAUUAAAAUUUAAAAAAAUUGUUCUAUAUUGAGUCAAUCCAAUUCAAUCUGUAUAAAAACCUAGUCUAAAAACUCAUCUUAAAGGCAGAUACAGUAUAGUGCAUUGCCAUAAAAAAAAGUUGCAUAUUUUUUUGUUUAACUUUUGCUUAUAUAGUUUUUAAAAAAAUAGAACUGAAGAAAUUUUUUUUAUAUUUAAUGUAUAAAUUAUGAACAUGUCUGUUAUUCCUAUGACAUAACACAAUAGCCCAUUUUAUGUCUCAGUGAUUACUAAUAGCACUUGAAGAUUACUGGAUAAGUAAUUUUCAUGUGAGCCUUUACAUUUCAUAACAGAAUUUAAAAAAAAAAACAAUAAUAAAUAAGCAAUUUCAGAGUGGUGGAAUUCCUAGUCUGUCAGUAUUAAUAAAGUAGAAAAUUAGCAUUGAAAAUAAUAUUUAAAUGUUAAGAAUUGUCUUGAUAUUGAUGAGAGUAAAAUCCUUUUUUUAAAGAUAUUUGUUACAGACAAUUAUAGCAUUUAAUUUCAAUUUCUUCCUUGGGCUCCUAUAAAAUUCAUUGGAUUACGCUGGUGUAGCAUUUUUUUUUGCAAUAUAUUCACUAUUUGCAUAUCUGUUGUAAUGCAUAUUUUAUAUUAAUGCUAAAUUCUGCAUAUUCAACAAUUUAAACUAUUUCAUUGCACAUCCUAAUAAAAACUAUUUCGAUGCAUAUGUCUUGUAAUUAUAUGUAUGAUUGACCUAGACUUAUAAAUCUGUGCAAUAGAAAUAUUUUUACCAAUUGUUUUUGUUUAGCUUUAAGCUUUCUCAAUGUGCUAUGAUACUAUCACUUGUCUAGAUCAGUUGUGAAAGGGGGAGGGAAGAAGGGGUAUCUUGGUGAAUGUUUACAUGAUAGUUUUUUUUUUUAAUGCAUAAAAAAAAUGUUCACUAAGGGCUGUGUCCUCAAGGGGACUAAUUCAACUUAUACCACCACAUCUGUCAAGUACAGUUUCUUUCCCUUGUUCAAGAUACUAAACAAAAAAACUAAUUACCAAUAGUUAAUUAACUACUUGGUUAAUUUUUUAAUUUAUUCUUGUGUUGUCAGGUAAAAGAAAAAAAUUGUGCACAGUUUUUAGCUUAAUCCAAGAUUAUGUGUGGGAGAAAUGUGUAAAAACCUUUUACCAUACAAAGUGAGUUGAUAAAAGCUCUCUAAAAACUGAUAAAAAUUAAAAGAUAUGCUCCUAUUAUUUUUGUAACACAAUUUCUAUGUAUUGAUUAAUUAUUGGCUAUGCUCAACAUUUUGAGGGUGACUUCCCACUGUCUCAUUUUAUUCUAAAUUAAUUCUAAAAAUAAUUGAUUGGUGAACACAAAAUUUUACAAACUACUUAUCUUUAUGUGAAAGCGAGAAUCGACUACAAAGUGGCCAUACUUUGUCAUCAGUGUAUCUAUAAUAAAGAAAUGCCCUUGUACCUUAGCAAACUGAUCGCUCCACAUGUCCCUCAGACUCCUGCACUCAAUUGUCUCGUUAGUGGUGCCAUGUUUCUCCCUCAAAAACUUUCAAGAAGAACAUUAUACCCGAUGUGUAAAACUUGUUUAGAUUAGUUUGUCAUUUUAACUCUCACUGUAAUGUUUUCACAGCGAAUUGAGCCUACAUUUUGUUUGUUAAUAGUGCUUUUCAAAUUUUAUUAUUAAUAUUAACUCUGAUUACCCUGAUCAAUAUGUUUUGUAUGAAAUCAUGAAUUUUUUGAGCAUCUAGUUGCAUUUUCACAAUAAAACAUUGGCUGCUCAUAAAUUGUAACAAUUCCUGAACAUUGUUUAUGAAACUCUUGAAUCAAUAAACCCUGAAUCAAUAAACCCUUACAUUCGAAAAUUCCCAAAUGCAAUAGUCCUUUCGAAACCCAUGUAGGAUCUAGACCUAGAUUUAUAACAGUCAAACUAGGGUUUUACCCAUGUGGCCAACAAGCUAGUAGUUAAUACAUCAACUGUUAAUUUUCUAGGAAAUCGCUAGACAUUUUUCAUUUUAUAUAAAAUAAUCCUAUAUCACCUAAUACCCAUCCAAUGAGAGGCAAAACUGCUUCUACUGACAGAUGAAGAGGUGAAGGGAUACUAUUGCCCUCUUAAACCUUGAGCUUCAGAUAGAUGUGGGGUUCAUCAGCAUAGUAAUCAAAUUCAUUUAGAAGAGAAGUACUCAAGACUUAACUACAUCUGCUUUGUGCUGUUUAAGCUUCAGGAGUCAACCAAAAUAAAAGAAUAGCAAUUGAUAAAUUAAUGAAUUUAUUAAAUGAAAAUAGCGUCAAAUAUUCUACUCCUGAUAAAAAAAAACAUUAUAAGCCUAUUGUUUGAACUUUUUUUUUAUGCCAAAGACUUUUUUUAAAUAUAUGAAACAUAAUUUCAAAAAAUUUUGUAACACUCACAUAAAGUAAGCUGUGGAAAAUGUUUGAAGUGUUUAAUCUUUGAAACGCAAUGUUUAAGAAUACAAUACAUAAUGUAUGACAAAAGCCUGUGCUAACAAAUGUACUAGUCUCGUCGCAACGGGAACUUCUCUGAUUUGAUGCCAUCUUUGUUGACCACAGAUAUAAUUAUGUUGUCUCCAGUGUAGAUGUCUCUCUCUGCAGCAGAUGUGAAGACAUCCUUGACUAAAGCAACACACUGUGUGGAUGUGAGAGACUGAGCAGUGUACCCGUUCUGGUUCUUACCUCCAAUCUAAAAAAAAUUUAAAAAAAAAAAAUUAACAAACAUUAAAGUAACUAGUCCAAGGUUGUUUUUAUUAUGCUAACUAUACCUGAAUAGUGCAACCUAGAAACCUUAAUUAAAAUUGUACAAAAAAAAAGAAAUAUAACAAUAUGUCUACUUUCCAAAAUAUAUGCUCCAAAUUAUACAUGUAUUUUUAAGGGUGGCAUUGCAUCAGCACUUUCAUAUAAAAAAAAAGUUUAGGAAAAGAAAAAAAGAAGAGCUAUUAUAUCCAGUUUUAGUUAAGCAUACACACCUGGCUUUAACUACAAGAUGUAUAUAUUCUAGUUCUGAACAAGAUAUGAAGAACUUUUCUAAUACAAAAGUUUAAAAACAAACCUGUUACCUGGUUAAUUUGUAUCAUCCAUCCAUUUAUUCAUUGAACUGAAUUAGGAGUUCACUGUAAAUACAGUAUUCUAUCACAGAAGGAGUGUGUGUUAAACCAUUUUAAUCAGUAUAUGAAAAAAACAAACCUGGUUAUCCAGCAGUGGUUGCAACAUGGCUGAGGCUGACCCUUUUGCUCUAAAUGACUCUUUUUCAUAACAACCAACAGGAUCAAAACUGUAGACGCAGCCUUUUCCUAACAAAUAAAGUAUUCAACUGAUACAAUAUUCAAGAUACACCCACCAUUAAACAAAAAUUAAAAAUCUGUUCCAAGAAUUUUAAGUACCUUAGAAAUGAUUGCUAAAUAUUAAUUCCAAUAUCCUGAUCCUCCAUUUUAGCUAAUAAAAGACAAGUAAUACAAAUUUAAAGAUAAGAGAAAAAUGCUAUAUAAUACUACUUUAAUUAGCAGAUUUUAAAAAAUUAGGCCAAAUGAAUAAUUCCGUCAGAAUUUGGAAAAUAAUUAUGGAAAGAAAGUGUAAAAAGUAAACUUGUACAGAGAAUGUGUAUCUAUCAUUCUGCAUCCGUUAUUUAUUUACUAUACUUACCCAGGGCAAGUUAGAGCUAUUUAGAAGUACAUAUAUCCAGAAAUUCUAUAAAAAAACAAUUAGAUCAACACAAAGAAAAAAAAAAUACCCUCUUCAUCCAAGCCAGCCACCACAUUGUGGGUGUAGUAUGGAAAAAAUCUUCUGUAGUACAGUAUAGUGGAGAGCAUGGCAGCUAUUGAAGCAGUUGGCAUGGGUUUGUUGUGAUCUUUUUCAAAUAU